AACCUACCUCGUUGCUUCUCAAAAAUUCUCACUACGUCAAAGAGCUUGCUCUUUAUGAUAUUGUCGGCGCACCCGGUGUUGCCGCUGAUUUGAGCCACAUUUCGACUCCUGCCAAGGUCACGGGCUACCUUCCCGCUGACGAUGGUCUUAAGAAAGCCCUGACUGGCGCCGACAUUGUUGUCGUACCUGCAGGUAUUCCCCGUAAGCCUGGAAUGACUCGUGACGAUCUCUUCAACAAGAACGCCUCGAUCGUCCAGGCUUUGGCCGAAGGUAUUGCUCAGUUUUGCCCCAACGCUUUCAUCCUCAUCAUCUCCAACCCAGUCAAUUCGACUGUGCCUAUUGUUGCAGAAGUGCUCAAGAAGCACAACGUCUUCAACCCAAAGAAGCUCUUUGGUGUGACCACACUCGAUGUGGUUCGUGCCAAGACCUUCACUGCCGAAGUUGCCGGCGGAAACGCACACGACUACUACGUGCCUGUUGUGGGUGGACACUCUGGUGUCACCAUUGUUCCCCUUCUCUCGCAGUCUCAGCCUGCCGCCAGCAUUGAGGGCGACAAGCUCGACGCGCUUGUCAACCGUAUCCAAUUCGGUGGUGAUGAAGUCGUUAAGGCCAAGGACGGCGCAGGUUCUGCCACGCUCUCCAUGGCAUAUGCCGGAUUCAAGAUGGCAGAAUCCAUCAUGAAGGCUGUCGGUGGCGAAUCUGGCAUUGUUGAGCCAACCUUCAUCCACCUUGACGGCUGCCCAGGCGGCGAUGCCGUCAAGACGGAGGUCAAUGGCCUCGACUACUUCUCGGUGCCCGUUGAACUCGGACCCGACGGUGUCAAGGAGGCUCGCUCAUACGGCAAGAUUUCUUCUUACGAGCAAAAGCUCAUCGACGCUUGCUUGCCCGACUUGCAGAAGAACAUUGCCAAGGGCGUGGAGUUUGUCAAGGGAUCGGCUUCCGCAAAGUUGUAACUCUUUCCCUCCUCUGUGGCUGUUGCAGCUCAUUGGAAAAUGUCUCGAAAUAAUGUCUAACGGUUCCUGUAGUUGAUUUUAUGCGCAGCCAUGUUGGCAGGUCAAGGUUGUAGGCAAGCGAUAAAGUAUAGACAAUGCAGUAUCUUGCCUCUCGUCAUGAUGUUCGUUAUUCCUCCUUUGCCAGCAUUUUGAUUUG